GAGGAGUGCUGCUGUUGCUGCUGCGAUGAAGGCGCCUCCGGAGCAAGAGCAGGAGCAGGAGCCCCUUUGACUGGAGUGCUGCUGCUGCUGCUGCUGCGGGAGUCCCACUUCUUCCAGAGCCCUGGGCCGAGGAGGCACCAGAGGAGCCCCGCUGCAGAGUUUCGGGGAGCCCCCUUUCCCAAAGCGGAGGACGGCCAAGAGGAAGAGGAGGAAGAGGAGGAGGAGGAGGAGGAAGAAGAAGAAGAGGAAGGAGAGGGACCAAGGCCAGCCAUGGCCCCAGGGCUGCGGGGGCUGCUUCUGGGGGGCUGCAUCCUGGCCCACCUCAGCCUCCUCUGCCGGGCAGGGAUUGAAUAUGGAGAGGUGCUUCCAGAUUCCUUCCCUUCAGCCCCUGCAGAGAGCCUUCCUCGUUUUCUCUUGGAGCCACAAGAUGCCUACAUUGUUAAGAACAAACCAGUGGAGCUAAUCUGCAGAGCCAAUCCAGCCACCCAGAUCUACUUUAAGUGCAACGGAGAGUGGGUGAAUCAGAAUGAUCAUCUCACCAAGGAGAGCAUGGAUGAGGUCACUGGGCUCCUUGUAAGAGAAGUCCAGAUUGAGGUUUCUCGGCAGCAGGUAGAAGAACUCUUUGGCUUAGAAGACUACUGGUGUCAGUGCGUGGCCUGGAGCUCAGCUGGGACAACCAAAAGCCGACGGGCUUAUGUCCGGAUAGCAUACCUGAGGAAAAACUUUGACCAGGAGCCCCUUGGGAAAGAGGUGCCACUGGAUCAUGAAGUAUUACUGCAGUGCCGCCCCCCUGAGGGAGUACCAGUUGCGGAGGUGGAAUGGCUAAGGAAUGAGGAUGUGAUUGACUCUUCACAAGACACUAACUUCCUGAUAACCAUUGACCAUAACCUCAUCAUCAAGCAGGCACGACUUUCUGACACUGCCAACUAUACCUGUGUGGCCAAGAAUAUUGUGGCCAAACGGAGGAGUACCACAGCCACUGUGAUUGUCUAUGUGAAUGGGGGCUGGUCAACCUGGUCAGAAUGGUCUCUGUGCAGCAAUCGCUGUGGCCGUGGAUGGCAGAAGCGCACCCGGACCUGCACCAAUCCAGUUCCUCUUAAUGGUGGCUCUGUUUGUGAUGGACAGUCCUUCCAGAAGCUUGCCUGUACCACUAUGUGCCCAGUAGAUGGUGCUUGGACAGAAUGGAGCAAAUGGUCUGCCUGUAGCACAGAAUGCACACACUGGAGGAGCAGAGAGUGUAUGGCCCCAUCUCCCAAAAAUGGAGGCAAAGACUGCAGUGGAGUGUUGCUUGACUCCAAGAACUGCACCGAUGGACUCUGUAUGCAAAAUAAAAGAUUUGCAAGUGAACCCAAAAGUCACCUACUAGAAGCUACCGGUGAUGUGGCUUUGUAUGCUGGCCUGGUGGUUGCCAUCUUUAUCUUCAUCAUUAUCCUCAUGGCUGUCGGUGUGGUGGUGUACAGACGCAGCUGCCGGGACUUUGACACAGAUAUAACAGACUCUUCGGCCGCCUUAACAGGAGGCUUCCACCCAGUCAAUUUCAAGACUUCCAGACAUGACACUCCCCAACUACUGCACCCUUCAAUGCAGCCUGACCUUACAGCUAAUGCGGGUAUAUACCGUGGCCCCAUGUAUGCCUUGCAGGACUCUUCUGACAAGAUCCCAAUGACCAACUCUCCAUUGCUUGACCCACUCCCUAACCUCAAGAUAAAAGUGUAUAAUUCCUCCACAGCAUCCUCCUCUCCAGGGAUACUUGAGGGGGCAGACCUUUUGGGAACCAUACCCCCAGGCACCUUCCCAGGGGACAACCUCAGGGACAAUCAUUUCAUGAACCUAAGGAAUAAGACAAUGGGCUCUCAGCAGCUCCUGACUCUACCCAGGGAGCCUGGGAACAGUGCUACUGGGACAUUUGGCUGUCUGGGAGGAAGGCUCACCAUCCCUGGAACAGGUGUGAGUCUCUUGGUACCACAUGGAGCAAUUCCUCAGGGAAAGUUCUAUGAAAUGUAUUUGAUGAUCAACAAAACAGAAAACUCUCUCUUGCCCUCAGAAGGCACUCAGACAGUGCUGAGUCCCAUGGUGACUUGUGGCCCCACUGGCCUGCUCUUAUGCCGCCCUGUCAUCCUGACCAUCCCACACUGUGCUGAAGUUAGUUCCCCAGACUGGAUGUUGCAACUCAAAACUCAGUCCCACCAAGGAAACUGGGAGGAAGUUGUAACUUUGGAUGAAGAGACAUUAAACACGCCCUGCUACUGCCAACUGGAACCCAAGUGCUGCCACAUUCUUCUAGACCAGCUUGGAACAUAUGUCCUGGUGGGAGAAUCCUACUCCAGAUCUGCCAUCAAGAGACUCCAGCUUGCCAUAUUUGCUCCCACCCUCUGCACCUCACUAGAAUACAAUCUUAAAGUAUACUGCCUGGAGGACACACCAGAUGCCCUGAAGGAAGUGCUUGAAUUGGAAAGAACUCUUGGAGGCUACCUCUUGGAAGAACCCAAGCCCCUUCUCUUUAAAGACAGUUAUCACAAUUUGCGCCUCUCUGUCCAUGAUAUCCCUCAUUCACUUUGGAGGAGCAAACUCCUGGCUAAGUAUCAGGAAAUCCCUUUCUAUCACAUCUGGAGUGGCAGCCAGCGAGCACUACACUGCACCUUCACCCUUGAGAGAUACAGCUUAGCUUCCACAGAACUUACCUGUAAAAUCUGUGUUCGGCAAGUAGAAGGGGAAGGGCAAAUAUUUCAGCUACACAUUACACUUGGAGAGAACUCCAGCUCCUUUGAUGCCUUGUGUUCCUACCCUGGCAGUGCCCUGACAACUCAGCUGGGGCCCUAUGCCUUCAAGAUCCCUCUGUCCAUACGACAGAAAAUCUGCAACAGCCUUGAUGCCCCCAACUCCAGAGGAAAUGACUGGCGGCUCCUUGCUCAGAAGCUUUCCAUGGAUCGGUAUCUGAAUUUCUUUGCCACCAAAGCCAGCCCAACAGGGGUGAUCCUGGACUUAUGGGAAGCCCAGCACCAAGAUGAUGGAGAUCUUAACACUCUGGCCAGUGCCUUGGAAGAGAUGGGCAAGAGUGAGAUGCUGGUUGUCAUGGCAACAGAAGGGGACUGCUGAUGCAGCUCUCAAAAUGGCCGAGUGGAGGACAAGAGUGGGAGAGGGAGAGAAAGAAAGGAGAGAACCAGCCUUUUUUUGAACGGAACAGAGGCAAGAGAUUGCAAAGAAGAAACAGAACUGUCGCUUAACUCCUGAACGGGAGCAACUUGAGUUUCUUCUCCUUCUCGCACUCCUCCCUCCUUGAAUCACAGUCAGCCUUAGAGAUCCACAUUGUGCAGUUUACAAGCAAUCCAAGUGUUAAAAGAUUCCUUCCUCCUUCUCCUCACAGCCUUGGAAUUGAGGCACACACAAGCAAUGCAUCGUUGCUAACCAUGACUGCAGCCCUCAGUGGUAGGUGCCAUCUCAGCUUCUGCUGGCUCCCAUGGCAUCUGAGGGCUGAUAGAGUCUGGACUUGGUUUUUCUUUUUUGCUUCGUUUAUAUUCUUUUCCUACCCUUCGCACACUCUCCCGUUCCCUGCCUUAUUCUGUCUUAUUUCUCCUUUAUUGGCAUUUAUGCUUUGAAGAGUCAAGAAUGCUUAAUUCUGUCAAAGCUUCAAAUAGCUUAACACACACACAGGCCCAUACACGCACACAGACACACAAACACACACACAAAGGAAAAGGAAAAAAGGAAAACAGUUUCUUAGGAAACGCAAGUAAUUUAUUAUCCAGAUCUUUGGAUUCAUCCUUUUUUAAAAAAUAAUAAUAAAGGAUUUUUCAUGUAUGUGAGAGCAAGAGCACUCUGAAAGAGAAAAAGAAUGAGAGAGAGAAAAAGAGAGAGAGAGGUUUAGUUAUAAUUAAAAAGUAAAAAUUAAAGAAUUGCCACUUAUGUAGUAAUUUCUUGAAGUAGGAUUGGUGAUAUGACCAGAGCCUCAUGAGGAGGGGUGGUCUUAGAGAGCAACACUUUUUUAGUCUUAAAGGGCACCUUUUAUUUGUGUGUGUUAUUUUUCUGACUGGAUGACAGACUGAUUGCCAGAGAAUGGAAUAAGGCUACAGAUCUAUGCACAGCAUAACUAACUUGAUUCUGGGAAAGAGGAUAAAGCUGCAAUCCUGUACUGAUUUACCUGGAACUGAGCAUGACUUACUUCUGAGGAGACAGUUAUUAAAUUGUGCUUUAAGGAGAAGCUUUCUUGAAACAGAAGGUAUGCAGUUUUGUGGUCUUGCAAUCUGUGAAAGCUAAUGCAUUGCCCAGAUACAGCCAAUGAAACAUCCACUGGUAUUUUCUCCUCUGGUGUCAAUUGUUUUUUGUUUGGAACCCCUAUGGCUUUGUACCACCACAUUCUUUUUGGGUAUGUCCUUCUUAAGAGAACAGGGUUCAGUAAAGUAAACUUGACCCUAACAAAGAGCACUUAGAUCAAAUCAGAAUGCUUUAUAUACUCAUGCAUAAGUCUAGAAAUUUUAGUAAAACAAUUAACCCAAAAAACCUGGGUUAUUUAUCCAUGGGUCAAUAUACUGUAAGGUGAGAACUUAGUCCAUCCCAACACAACCUGAAAAAAGCACCAACCUCCUCUAUUCUCUCUGCCAUGGUGUCAGUUUUGGCCUUUUUGAGUGCCUGGGCAGGAAAAUGGCAGCCACGUCUCUUUGAUGUUUCCCAUCAAAGGAGCACCCAGAGAAUCAUAGGUGUUGGCGCUUUUAUGUUCUCCUGGGACUAACUAAGCUCUUGCCUUCCACCACUCUACUCAGAGAAGGAGAUGGUUCCAUUUUUGAUAAGAGUUCAUACUGUACCUCAACUCUUGUUUUUAACGACUGCAUGUUUUCUUAACCCCACCAUACUUGAUUGCCUCUAUCACAUGUCAUACAGCCACCAUUUAUCAUAGUUCCUUUUAAUUCAUCCAGUCUUUAAGGUGACCACAAUCAGUUAUGUGUGCCGAGAUUUUGUAAGAUCUUUGACAUUGUUUUCCUUUGCUUCAUCCUUUACUUCAUUUGUUACAUGCCCUAAGUUUUAUCCUCAAUUUAUUUAUGGGUCAUAUCAAAAUCCAUAAUUCGGGCAUGAAAAGUUGCCCUUGACUUAUACUUGAGGUCGACUCAUAUGUGAGUAUAUAUAGUAGGCCUGUUGAUGAGCAUCCAAAAGGUCUGCAAGCUCCCAGACCCAGUGGAGGAGAGUGGCAUCCACCCCUGUACUCUUCCAUGGCAGUCAUGUUGCUGCACUGCAAAAACCUAUUCUAAGAUAAAGAAGCAGGGCAGGGGAGAAGCAUAUUAAACCCUUGGUCCUUUGGUUGUGCUCUUGAGAUCUUUUUUUUUUUUUUUAAAUACAAACCAUCUGUCAAGUCUGAAAAUGUUUCUGUGAUCCUGUGUCUGAAUGAUUUGGGGAAAGAUGAACAGUUUAAUGAAGCUUGUUGUUCCCAUCACAAUCAGCUCUUUAGCUUUAUGUGUGGAAGACUAUGUCCCUUUAGACAGCUGAUCAUCUAGACCAGGGGUUCCCAACCUUUUUGACUUGUGAAGCCCUUUUUAGAAUGAAUUUCCAUGAUAGAGUCCCUAAGAGGUCUAUCCUAUGUCUUACAAGUUAAUGGUGUUUAGGAGUAGUGUUAUGGGGAGGGGGAAGGAAGAUGGGAUAGAUUGUAACUUUCCUGGAGUGGCUGCAGAGGACCUGAGAGGUGCACACCGAGCCCUAAGGGCUCCUCAGAGCACAGAUUGGGAACUGCUGAUCUAGGCCAACUGCUUUGGUUCCAUGAAGUGUGAGAGGCAGAAAGGUAAUUUUUUUGGACAAGCUGCCCAUUUAAAUGAACACUAUUUUUUAAAAAAAUCCAUAGGAUAAUAAGUUGCACAUAUUUUAGAGCAUACUUUGGAUUUUUUAGAAGAAAAUCCCAGAGAAUUUGGAGGUUUCAGAGAACUGUACUUUUAGAUAGAAGUUUAAUACUCAGUGUAUAUGGUGUGUGUUUAAAGCAUGUCCGCUACAUAAUUCUUCUCAUGAACACUCUCAAAAACAGGAAUCUGUUUUCAUGUUCAUUAAGGGACUGUUUGGUGGACAGAUUGUGUGGUGUGGAGCUGGCCUUAGGAAUGUUUGUUUGAGUACAUAGUGAGAUUUUUGGCUGCAGCAGGCAUAAAGGCCAGGUAUCAGAUACAGUGUGGAACAAAUACAGAGCCAGUGUGAUGUAAUGGUUUGACUAGGACCCUGGCAACCACAGUUCAAAUCCCUGUUCAGCUAUAGAAACCCACUCGGUGACCCUUGGAAAAGUCACACUGUGUCAGACUCACAGGAAGGAAAGGUAAAGCCCCUCUGAACAAAUUUUGCCAAAGAAACCCCUUGAUCAGGUUCACCUUAGGGCCACCAUAAGUCAGAAACAAUUUGAAGGCACACAACAGCAACUUGAAGGCACACAACAGUAACAAACCAGAAACAGUACAUGCAGAUUUAUUCCCAAGUACUAAAAGUGGCGUAUGAGCUGUUUCUUGAGAAGAAGGCUGGAAUAGUUGACACUAACCUUAAGAAGGCUGCUGGAUCAGACGAAGCACUUGUUCUCUCCAGCAGUGUGCUCCAUACUGGGUAUGUCAUAGAGACUUCUCAUAGUUUACCUUUUGCCAAACAAGAAUAUUCUUAUGUUCUCUAUAUUUUUCUAUCCUUCAGAUUCCUAGACCUCAUGAUGGAAAAGAGGAUUGCGGGGGCGGGGGAGGGGGCAAAGUAUGUUUGCAAAAAGUUAGAAAGCAUAAUGUAACAAUAUUAUACCAGAACAAUUUGUGUGAAAUAAAUGUGUGCGUGCGCGUGUGUGGGUGCGUGCACACAUGUGUAAUGGAUAUAUUAGUUUUCUAUGAUUGGCUUUUAUUCCAAAGCAACUAUCUAUAAAAUUCCUCCAUAAGUCUGGGCUACAAA